AUGGUGAACACUAGAGGCUACACGGCUGUUCCGAAUGCUGAGCGGCCAACUAGUAACUCACAAGAGGAGCUGAACGCAGAGGGAUUUGAGCCGGAAAUGGGAAUGCCGUCAGAACCCCCUGUAUAUGUAGAAGAGAUGGGAGUGGAAGAACCUGAAGCACCAGAACUCUUUAGUGAGAAAGUUUUACGCUUUAGAAUAUGUUUUGAAAAGAAUGUGGUGAUUCCAGUGAAGGAAAAAGUUGUGGAUCCAUUAGCGCAAAUAAUCUCUCUGGCGUCUGAAAAGUUUGAUCUCUUUUUGAGUAAGAUAGGUAAUGUCAUGGUAAUGAGAAGGAUAUUUUACAUUUUAUUAAUGUCCAUCGUAGCAGCUUUGAUCAUUGCCACUGAUACGCUACCGAAUGGGAAAGCUCGAGGUUCGAAUGGAACAUUUUCAGACCACGACCUCCUUCUACAAUAUGCCAAGAAGUCGAUAGACCUUUCAAAGAUAGAAAGGGACUUGGAAUAUAUCAGCAGCAUGCCUCACAUGUCGGGAACAAGUGGUGAUGCUGCUAUUCGACAUUAUAUCAAAGAAUCCUUUGAAAAAAAUGGUAUAAGGCUGGCUGGAGAAGAGGAGUUCAUGGCGUAUUCAAAUUUUCCAGGAAACGCUUCACUACACGUGUAUCCAAAAGGUGAUAUUGAGGGAUUUGAUAUUCAAUUAAACGAGGAGAACUUUAGCCCAAUGAGCCGCAAUGGUGAAUUCAGAAACACAGCAGUAAUUUAUGGUAACGAAGCAUCAUUGGAAGAUAUGGUUUCUUUGAAAGACCAAGGCCUUUUAGAUGAUGACUUUAUCUUAUUACUACAUUACGGAGACUAUGUUUUCCAGCAAAUGUUGACUGCGCAAAAAUACGGAGCUAAGGCGGUUAUCUUCAUUACUAAACCUUAUAAAGAUAAUAAAAAUGUGGUACAAACGAGAUCAGUCGCGCUACCUCAAAAUGGCACCGGUGACGCACUUACGCCUGAUUGGGAAGGGUCCAUGAGGGACCCUAUUAACGCUGCCGAAUCCGAAUAUCUACCCAAAAUUCCAUCGAUACCGAUAUCUACGAAUCAAGCGGAACAAAUACUUGCUACAUUAUCAGAAACUGGCGUGAAGUUCCCAAACAAUAUAUUUAGUGGGUCAAGCGAUGAUUGCCGGCUUGAUUUGGUGGUGCAGACAGCAAUCCGGGAACGACACCCGGUUCACGAUAUAGUUGGCAAAAUUGAAGGAUCAGAGCAAAGCGCCAAGGCGAUUGUCAUUUCCGCACCAAGGAACUCUGUUAGCUAUGGCGCCACAUAUCCUUCUUUCGGUACUGUUGUUUUGUUAUCCAUAAUUCAACUUUAUCAAGAAAUGGUCUACAAGUUUGACUGGAAGCCUUUGAGAAACAUUUAUUUCAUCUCCUUUGGCGGCUCCGAAUUUAAUGAGGCGGGUGCCACAGAAUUAAUGGAGAAGAGGACAGAAGCAUUGAAGAGUGAAAUAUACACUAUGAUCGACGUUGGUCAGAUUGGUAUAUGGGAUGACAGCAACGUUUUGGAUAUACAGUGUCAUCCACUACUAGCGGAUCUUUUCCAAAAGAAUACUACAAACCGUAAAUUUGAUGUUAAAGUGGAUAACAUUCAUCAAUUUGGUGAUUGGACACCGUAUUUGGCGCGAGGAAUGCCAGUAGCAAUUAUUUCAUCGCCGCAUGUUAUGAACAGAGAGCUUCCAAUAGGUACAGUGCAAGACAAAUUCGGUGCGAUCAAAGAUAUACUAGAAGAUAAAAAAAAGGGAGAAAUGCUCCGUGAAAUAAUGCUAUAUCUUGUCGAAAGAUCGCUUGAGCUUGUCGAUGAUCCAUUCAUUCCAUUUAGCAUAUCAAGCUACGUAGAUUUUCUUUCAAAUACCCUGCAGGACCUUCAGAGAGAAUGUUCCGAUACCGUAAGCUUUGACGAAGUGUUUUCUGGUGCAACGUUAUGGAGAAACACCAAAUCGCAGUUCGAAAAAUGGAAGAGAGAAUGGACCGACCUCAUGUAUGGGGGCGGCACAUACAUAGAACCCACCAUUAUUGCCAUCAACCGUUGGACAUGGAACUACCUCCUUUCCGGCAUUGGGGUUGCGCAAUGUUUAGAGGACGGGUUAGCAGAAAGAGCUUUUUACAAGAACGUUAUUUUUGGACCCAAACUCCACGUCGAGAAAGACGAUCCCGUUCGCUCAUGGACUUUUCCCGAAAUCAGAGACUCCAUUGCAAACAAGGACUGGAGUUCUGUGCAAGCCCAACUCAAUACUCUGGGCUCAAUUUUACAGAACACGGCUCAUUAUUUCCUUGAAAAUAAGAACCUCCAUGGAAUAAAUACAAAUGAAUUCUAA